CCGCCUUAUUUCACGAGUCGCGGCGUAAAUCAGGAAGCUUCGGGAAUUUUUGUCGACCCUCUCUUGCAGUAAAAUAUUGUAUCGCAGACUUAGUGGUUGCUUGAUCUCCUUUCAAAAUGGGGGAUGUCGAGGGAGAGUCGGCGACGCUUGAAAUGAUAUCGGCUUAGGUGACCAGGGACCCUUAUUAGGUACUGGCUAACUAAUUAUUGACCACACCAAAUUGGCCGCCAACAAAAGGACAGGACAAUGAACGAACCGAGCUCCCAGGGCGUCCCAUAUGCUUAGGGUUCAUUUCUUUAUGCGGGUAUUUCGACUCAACUCAACAGCGUUUAAUAUUUCUGGAUAUCGUCGUGGCGGCUCGAUGUUGGUAGCGAAACACAAGGUGGACCGUGCCAGGACUGGCGCUAAUGCGGGCAAAGGGUAUUGGUGUUAGUGCCAGCCCAGUGGAGGAGAUAAUGUUAUGCAGAAUGUCUAGGGGAAUGUCAAAACGUUUACUAUCAUUUGUGGCUUAGGUUGUCUCCAAAUAAAUCGCACAGCCACGCUACACCAAAAAGAAGCAAACUGGACUUAUCAGAAGCUCUCGCGGGACAGUCUGAAGUUCGGAUUUCUCAUAUACAUCUCUCGUUCUCAUCAGACACGCCCCCGAACUGUCUCGAUUUUACUUGUUUGGCUGAAGACAGACAAACUCCAGCUUCGUACCGCCAUUCUUUUACAUAAAGUGUGGCUCCUAUAUUUCUUGAUCAGAAAACGCAAAAGCAGCUCUGAAUAUGGCGACGUUUCGGCGGUUUCGACCUGACGAUGUGAACAAGUUUUCCAAGUGCAAUCUUGACCCCUUCACGGAAACUUACGAGCUCAAUUUCUACCUCCAAUACCAUGCCAAAUGGCCAUCCCUCUUUCAAGUUUGUGAGGAUAUGGAUGGAAACAUUGUUGGAUAUAGUGGGAUUUAUCCUUUACAUUCAGUACCAGCUUGUCGAGGCUAACAUAUUGACUGGCAGUCAUGGGCAAGGUCGAGUCUUCUCCGGACGCCUACAAAUUCUCCGAGCAUUACCUACCAUGGCACGCUCACAUAACGGCGCUCACUGUUGCCCCGGAAGCUAGAAGAUCUGGCAUUGCAAAGAUCUUGACUGAUCAGCUGGAAGUUGCAGCUGAUGCUGAGAACGCCUGGUUCGUGGACUUGUUCGUUCGAAGCAGCAACCACAGAGCCAUUGCCCUUUACAAGAAUCUGGGUUACAGCGUCUUCCGCGUGGUGAAGGACUACUACGGUGACCACGCAACGGACCCUUCCAGGGCGAGCGAGGACGCAUUCGACAUGCGCAAGCCCAUGAAGCGGGACAAGGAUCGUCAGCACAUUCGAGAUGAUGGAGAAACUCAUAUGGUUGAUCCCGAGGAUGUUUGGUAAAUGGUAUCAACAUGCGAUUGUCCUUUCCAUGACUCCAUCGAGCUUGAAACUCAACUCAAAAUCCAGUGCUCCGUCCACUUCAUAAACGCUUCCACUUACAAAGGUACUCUCAGGGCCGAGGAGGAAAGCUAUCACAUUGGCACACUCUUCUGACGUACCUUGGCGCUGGAAGGCAGUUGGCUCGUCGAAAGCGGCGUCGUCUGGUCGGUUGUGCAUAUCCCAUGCCUUCUUCAUCAAUGGGGUAUAUAUAGCUCCAGGAGCAACAGCGUUCACUCGCACUUCUCGGUGGCCGUUCUCCUUUGCUGCCGCUCUUGUCAACCCAACUAUUCCAUGUUUGCUGGCGUCAUAGGCGCCGUGCUUGGCAAAUCCUGAUUAUACUGGUCAGCUUUAAAGACCCACUAUGUGCAGUUUGCAACCUGCCCUUGAUGCCAUGAAUAGAAGCAACGUUGACGAUGGAGCCUCCGUCUACUAUCCUGUUGAGCUGUGCCCGUAGACAAUACAUUGUUCCUGUCAAGUUCACAGCGAUGAUCUUAUGCCAUUCUUCAUCCUCAAGUUCCGCUACGGCACGAAGACCGUGGUGCUUCCCAAUGAUGCCAGCCACGUUAGCUGCCCCGUCGAGUCUCCCAUAUUUCUCAACAGUAGCGUCUAGCCAGUCUUCAACUUGGGGCCGCUGUGAGACGUCGACACGAGAAACUAGCGCCUCGAUGCCCUGCUCCUCAAAGUAUGCUGUAGCAGUUGACAUGGCAUCGGGGUCAAUGUCGGCGAUGCUCACAGUAGCCCCGCGUUGUGCAAGAACUUUGGCUGUUGCGAAGCCGAUUCCGCUUGCACCGCCAGUCAGUGCGUAAACUUUUCCUUUAAGUGACAUUGUCCGUGGCUUCGAGAUCGUGAGUUGGCUGCUAGAUAGCAAAUGAGGAAUGAGUCAGAUGCUAUGGUACAAAAGGAUAUAUAGAGAGAUA